AUGAGUCCCCCCGCCGCCAUCUCUCCCACCCUCGCAACCGCCACCCCCGUGGCAUCCAAGCAGGCCAGCCACGACGGCGCGGUGAAGAAGCACGACGUCUCCGUCGCCGACAUGCACGGCAACUGGGACGCCUUCCGCUUCGCCCCCAUCCGCGAGAGCCAGGUCUCCCGCGCCAUGACGCGCCGCUACUUCGCCGACCUCGACGCCCACGCCGAGUCCGACGUCGUCAUCGUCGGCGCCGGCUCCUGCGGCCUCAGCACCGCCUACGUCCUCGCCUCGCGCCGCCCGGACCUGCGCAUCGCCAUCGUCGAGGCCUCCGUCUCCCCUGGCGGCGGCGCCUGGCUCGGCGGGCAGCUGUUUUCCGCAAUGGUCAUGCGCAAGCCCGCCGAUGCUUUCUUGCGCGAGGUGGGCGUGCCCUAUGAGGACGAGGGGAAUUAUGUUGUUGUCAAGCACGCGGCGCUGUUUACUUCCACGCUGCUGUCAAAGGUGCUGGCCAUGCCUAAUGUGAAGCUCUUCAACGCCACGUGCGUCGAGGACCUCAUCACGCGGCCUGGCGAGGACGGAGACGAAGAGGGGAUCCGCGUCGCGGGCGUGGUGACUAACUGGACGCUCGUGUCGAUGCACCAUGAUGACCAGUCGUGCAUGGACCCCAACACCAUCAACGCGCCCGUCGUCAUCUCCACUACGGGCCAUGACGGGCCGAUGGGCGCCUUUUGCGUGAAGCGGCUCGUGAGCAUGCAGCGCAUCGAGAAGCUGGGCGGCAUGCGCGGGCUGGACAUGAACGCCGCCGAGGACGCCAUCGUCAAGAAUACCCGGGAGAUUGUGCCGGGGUUGAUCGUCGGGGGCAUGGAGCUGUCCGAGGUUGAUGGGGCGAACCGUAUGGGUCCGACUUUUGGUGCCAUGGCUUUGAGUGGUGUCAAGGCUGCCGAGGAGGCUCUCAAGGUCUUUGACCUUCGCAAGAAGCAGAAUGAGUUCUAA